AUGGUGGAGCCCAACUUACUCACGGCCGACACCAAAACUCUCCAGCAGAUGUUGACUGCUGGUUCCAUCACCAGCGCCGGUCUCGUCGAUGCCUAUCUCGCCCAGAUCCAGAAGCAUGACGGCUACCUCCACGCCAUGAUCCAGACUACGCCCCUGGAUAUCCUCCAAGCGGUCGCCAAGACUCUGGAUGAGGAGAGAGCUGCUGACAAGGUCCGCGGUCCACUGCACGGGAUCCCCGUCCUCGUCAAGCUCAUUGCAUCGGGCGCCAUUAUCCUGGGCAAGGCUAAUCUCAGCGAGUUUUCCAAUUCUCGUGGUUCCAUGGUGCCGAGCGGCUGGUCUGCCAUCGGUGGCCAAGUGCAGUCUGCCUAUGUCCGUGGCGGCCUAGAUCCCGACGAUUCCAAGGACGGACACUCGAAUCCUUCGGGCUCGUCAUCCGGUUCCGCUGUUGGAGUGUCAGCUGGCUACGCCCCCAUCUCCAUCGGCACCGAGACUGAUGGAUCGCUCCUCUGCCCAGCAGGAAGAGCUGCCCUGUACACCAUCAAGCCCACUAUUGGCCUCAUCCCCCAGCACGGAAUAGUGCCCAUGUCAACCAACUUUGAUUCGGCUGGGCCAAUGACCAAGACUUCCCAUGACAUGGCUGUGCUGCUUGAUGUUCUCGCCUCUAGGUCUCCGUCUGAGUCAUACACAAAAAACCUGACCGGCUCGUGGUCCGGUAUAUCGGUCGCAACUCUAGACUAUUCGAAGUGGAGAUACCCGGACAAGAUCAUAAAGCCGGCAGACGGCGCCGAAGCCCAGAUAUUGAAGGAGACUCGUGAGGCGUACGAUUUGAUCAAGACAAAAGUAGACAAAUUCGUCGACGACGUCGACCUUGUCACAGUCGAUGCAUUUGAGUUGGAAGGCAAGAAUACUCUGGAUAUCAUCACCAUGUCCGAUAUGAAAAGAGAUCUCACCGCCUAUCUUCAGGACCUUAGAGAGAGCGAGAUGCGCACCAUUACUGACAUUAUCGAGUUCAACAAAGAACACGCAGAGAAGGAGUUGCCCCCGCAUCAUCCGAGACAGGACACCUUUAUCAAAUGUGAGAACCAGAACGUUUCUGCGACGGAUUAUCACCGCCUGUUCGCCCACAUGCGGAAGGUGGCGAGGGAUUCGGGGGUGGAGCGCGUCUUUCAAACCCAUGGAGUCAACGUCAUAAUCGGCCCAGCCGAUGGAUUCAUUUCAACCAUGGCCGCGAGCGGUGGCUACCCUGUUGCCGCGAUGCCACUGUCGUACCUCGACUUUAACGGCCAUCCCUUCGGGCUUGCCGCCCUGGCCGGAAGGCACCAAGAGGCUCUCCUCGUCCAGCUCAUGAGUGCCUGGGAGGCUACGUUCCCAGCUCGAAAGCCGCCGCAAGCGCUACUAUAA